ACGUUAAUGUCAAACAAAAUCCGAGACACUCACCAAAAUAAUCCUGGCAAUUAUCCUUCUGUACUAAAAUCGAAACCUUAAUCCCUCGGAAUUCCUGAAUUAAAAAAACGACAAAAGAAUUUGAAAUUCUCAAGGGGAAAUGGCUUCAAUCAAGCCUGCAACUCGCUACACCAAUAGCUUAAACAGCUCCACAAAAUCCAAUCCCUCUUCCUCAGCUGAGAUCUCGGUCUCCCGCGCCAUCACAAAGAAAACCACCACCAACCAAAUUAAUCUCAGCUCCAUGGUAAAAAAAUUGGUCGAUAACAAGAAGGCCAAGAAUUUUAAUGGGGACACGAAAUUCAUUAUGGCCGCGGAUUUUUUAGCCGAGGAUUUGAAGAAGAAUGCGAAGAAGGGUUCUGGACUAAGUGGGCUGCACAAGAAAUUGUUUAAGGGAUCAUCAGGAGGGACCAAAAGAGGAGAUGAAAGCUCGAAGAAGGCUUUGACUGAAGUCAAAGGGAAUACGAGGACAUUGGCUAUGGUGUUGAGAAGUGAGAGGGAGCUUUUGAGUUUGACAAAGGAGAACGAGGAGCAGAUGGCUGAACUCAAGUUGUUGCUUGAGGAGAAAAACAGAGAGGUCGAGAAGCUGAAAGAUUUGUGUUUGAAGCAAAGGGAAGAGAUAAAGUCUCUUAAAAAUGCUGUACUAUUUCCGGAUGUUAUGAAUUCGCAACUUGAGAAGCUUCUGCAGAAGCAGGGGUCAGAACUGAAUCAGGCAAAACAUCUUAUUCCAAGUCUUCAGAAGCAGGUCACAUCCCUUACAGGCCAAUUACAAUGUCUUGCUGAGGAUCUUGCUGAGGUGAAGGCAGACAAAUAUUCAGCAAAAGAAAGUUAUGAUAAUCACUUCAGCUCUCCAAGGACACCAUCAUAUGAUCAAGAAGAGGCAGCUAAUUCUUGGUUUGAUCAAGAAUUCAGCUCUGGGGAUUACACAACCCCAGACAGCCCAGAUGACAUGUUUCUCAAAGAUUUGAAUCCGUGCCUAACACCAUGUUACUCCAAGACAAAGUCUAAGGAUUUUGAGGUUUAUGUUUCCCAGAACAAGGAUGCCUUGUCCAGAAGCAAUAAGCAAAUGUGUCAUGAUACCAGUUUCAAUUCUUGUGCAAGGAAGCUAUCAAAAAGUUCAGACUGCUGCCGUUGUUCCAAGACGGGGAACAGUUCAGUUCGUUCAGCUCGCCAAUCAGAUGAAAGCAAAUGUACUUAUGGCAAGCAAAUGGAUCGUAAAUUUUUCAAAUAGACCCUAGUGUUGGUGAUUUUGCAUUGAACGUGUUGUUUUCUCCAGGAACUUCUCCUGUUCCCAGUUCUUGAACUUAAAGUCAGAACGUUUUGUUUGUUUGCAUGUAUAAGAUGUUCUGUCCAGAAUUCUCAGUAGAAUACAAAUAAAAUGGCUUUUUUCUGAGAAUAA